AUGAUGAAGGAAUUGAUGUCUCGCAACUUAGACUUUCAAGACUUGGCAAUUGUGACACUGACUCAGACCUGUAGUGCUAUCAUGACAAGUCCUAUAGCUGAGAAGCUAUCUGACCCAGGGAGUUUCACAAUUUCGUGCACCAUAGGCAGCUAUGCUUUUGCCAAAGCAUUGUGUGAUUUGGGGGUGAUCAUAAACUUGAUGCCCUUGUCUAUCUAUAAGAGGUUAGGCAUUGGAAGGGCAAGAAACACAUCCAUGUUACUACAGCUAGCCGAUCGAACAGUGAAGAGGCUAUCAGGUAUACUUGAUAACGCACUUGUGCAGGUCGGAAAGUUUGUGUUUCCAUCAGAUUUUGUCAUUCUUGAUUGUCAGGUUGAUGAAGCGAUUCCUACGAUUUUGUGA